CAUAUAAUUUGCGAUUUACGGCAAAACAUGGCGGCAUGCGGUUGUAGCUGGGUAAAGAAGUGAGGUAUUGAACUAAAAACGGCUCGCUUGUCCCGUUUUUUGUCUUUCACGGAUAGUUUCACACGCUGCGGAGUAGCAGCCCUCUCUGAGCCUCAGCACGGCGGGCGAGGAGCGGCUGCUGAAGGGAAAUGGCGGCGCAGGGAGGCAUCUUGUUCCAGGAGAAGGUCAGCAGGUUGCUGAGCGGACACAACGGGAAACCAGUACUGAAACCAAACAGGACUCUGGCUCUAAAAGAUGCUGUAGCCAACCGCAAACCCAAGAAAGGAGAGGCCACCUGUAUCACAGAGAUGUCCUUCCUGAUGGUCUGUUGGAAGCAGAACAACUUUGUGGACGGUCUGUGCUCUAAUGAGAUGAACUCCUUCUACUCUUGCGUGAAAAAAGCUCAGGCCGCGAUGAAGAGUAAAUCUGAACAGACGACACUCCAGGGAGGACGUCUGCACCCGAAACUAGCCACCACCCUGCUGAAGAGAUAUCCCAACCUGCGCUCAGAGAUCUAAGAAUUCCUCCUUUAAACUCGUAGCCUUUGCAAGGACAUCAAAUUGAAGGACCUGUCGGCUACUGUAUGAUUCAACAAUCCCUUUACAUGUAUUUAAUAAAUAAAUAAAGGAAGGGGCACUGCACCACCUCAA